AUGCUGAUCUUCAAGGAUGUUUUCACAGGUUCGUUUACAUUCUGUUUCUCUAAAUUGUCACAUCCACGCACCUUGAGUUGUUUUGCUUGCUUCAGUUAUAAUUUGUUGGACUACCAACGUUGUUGGCGUUCUGUCGACACGGUGGCUGUACUACAGGUCAUUCUUAAGUGAAUAGCUAAACAACGAGUCAAGUCGUGGUAAAUAAGAAUUUUCAUUAUAACAAAUUGUCAGGAUGUUUUCUGAUGCUUAGUUAAUGAUUAUUACAUUCAGAUGAUGAACUUUCAUCGGACUCUUUCCCGAUGAAGCUUGUUGACGACCUCGUCUAUGAGUUCAAGGGCCGCCAUGUGGUGCGAAAAGAAGGCGAUAUCGUUUUGGAGGGAUCCAAUCCGUCUGCAGAAGGAGGAGAAGAUGAUGGCUCUGACGAGCAUGUGGAGCGCGGAAUCGACAUUGUUCUGAACCAUAAACUUGUGGUUUGCUUUUAUUUGCCCUUUCAUUUGUUUUUAGUUUUUCAAAUCUGUGUAAAACAAAAUAUUUUCAAGAUUCGCCAAAAUAACUAGGUUCGAACGCGCCAAAAUUUUGACAUUACGUGAAUUGAUCUUUUUUUUUCGAAUCCAAGUUAUAGAUUAAUUAUAAAUUGCAUGUGACAUAGUUUGCCUUUCUGUUUUUGAUAAGAUUUUAAUUAAGGAGAUGAAUUGCUACGAGGAUGCCAGCAUGUUCAAAUCAUACAUCAAAGGAUUCAUGAAGAAAGUGAUUGAUCAUAUGGAAAAAGAAAAUCGAUCGAAGGAAGAUAUAGACGCUUUCAAGAAGAAGAUCCAAGGAUGGGUUGUUUCCCUACUUGACAAACAACGCUUUAAGAACCUCGCUUUCUUUGUUGGUGAGUUUUUUUAUUUAUUUCGAAUUCAUGAUUUUUGAAGAAAAGAAAACAUUUACAGUGACUCCUGGCGAAGUCCGCUUUUUUAUUCGUUUUUCAUUCUAAUUUUUUUAAUCAUUCUAUUUAAAGCUUCAAAGUAUUCAAACUAGAACAGCUAUAACCUUUGAUGAAAACUUGUACUGGUGAUAGAAAAAAAGCAAAUUGUUAUUUAAAGGUAAUGUACAAUACUUUUAGGGGAACGACAAGCCGAAGGUCACGGUGAAGGGCAAGUAG